AUGCAAAAGCCUUCGGACAUGCACCGCUACUUGUCUCGCUUCUCCGUCACCCGCACUAACUCACCACUUGCUCAAGGGGACGAGGCCACUCGCCAAGCCAAGCUCUUGUCCGAGGUGGCUACCGUUGCCAACACCCUCACGAGGCUCCAUCUGAAGCAGCAGCUGCGAGGCCGCUUGGGCGCGGAGGAGAUGCGACUCAUGACCACCUCUGCACACCUCCUCGAAAUUGACCUCCUCCGCCUCCAGCACGACCUCUCCUCCUCUACCACACAUCAUCAGCCCGUCCCCGUCUCGCGUCCAGGCAGGAAGAAGCGCGUAUCGCGCACCUUCGCCGACAAGGCGUGCCAGCACUGCAAGUCGCAGCACACAAGCCAGUGGCGCACCGGCCCCUCUGGCCCCUCCACGCUGUGCAACGCGUGCGGGAUUCGGUACGCGAGAAAUCGCAGGCGCAGCCGUGGAGAGGACGGUGACGGUGGUUCGCCAACUCACCUGGGCGAUGAGGAGCCCGCAGCGUCCUCGGCCACCGUGCAGCCUCACUGCGCCCCUGGCAGCAGCAGCAGAGCCCCCGACACACCGCGGUCACCGCAGCGGUCGACGGUGUACGACCUCCUCAACUGA